AUGAUCCUACAACGCUGCUGGGCGAUUUUGGCUGUGGAAAGCAUCUUUAUAUGUAUUUCCAGCCAGUUUUUACUUCAGAAGAGACAGUGUGUAUUCCAUGUGACGCCUCAGAACAACAAAUACGUGACUGCUGGCAAUGUGAGCGGGUCGGUGCAGGUCUGUGAGAACACCCACUGCUGUGUGGGAUAUUUUCUGAUCGUCAAUGGCCAGCCAGAGGUCGACCUUCUUGCUUGUGACAUUGCUGAAAAGUCCUGCCCAGAUGCAACCUGCAAGGCACAAACAAGGUUUAACAGUCGCCUCAUUAAAUGUGUAUGCCACACAGACUUCUGCAACAGCAACAUCUCUUGGACCCCAGACUCAGAACAGCCUGGACUCACCUACUCUUGUUCUGCUGAUGCAAUCAUGAAAGCUGUUGUAAUAAUCCUGAUUGGAACUUUGCUCAUCCUGUGCUUCAUGAUCGCUGCUGCCAAAUGGAGACGCCUCUUAAAAGACAAAAAAGGGAACCUACAAGUCUACCCUCAUGAUUAUGUUGUCUCACCACUGUCUUCCUGCCAAACAACAAAAACCACUGAGAUUGAUGUAGCUGACAUUGAACUGCAGCAGAUUUUGGGCCAUGGGCAUUUUGCAACUGUCUGGCAGGGGAAAUACCACGGAUCCACGGUGGCUGUGAAAGUUUUCCCUGCAAGCUGGAAACAUAAAUUUACUGUAGAGAAAGAGGUUUAUGAGCUGCCACUGAUGAAGCAUGCUGGGCUUCUCCACUUCCUGGGCACUGGGAGUAAAGCAAAUGGUAGCAGUUUCCUCAUUGUUCUGCAGUGUGCUGAAUACGUGAGUGAUGUGCAUAAACCUCCCGUGGCCCACAGAGACCUCAGCAGCUCCAAUGUGCUUGUAAAAGCCGAUGGUACCUGUGCCCUGUGCGAUUUUGGAUGCUCCACCAUCCUGCGUUCUUGUUCAGGACAUCUCAAUUGGAACCACACAACAAACACUGAGGGUCCUGCUCAGUUGGGCACACUGCAUUACAUGUCCCCUGAGAUCCUGGAAGGCUCUGUAAACCUAAACAGCUGCUGGUGUCUCAUACAGGGGGACAUCUAUGCUUUGGGACUGCUGCUGUGGGAGAUCUGGAUGCGCUGUGAUGAUUUAUUUGAAGGCAGUGUUGUGCCACAGCAUCUGUUGCCUUAUGAAGCUGAGCUGGGUAACGUAACACUGGAGAGCCUCAUCACGUACGUGUUUAACAUGGACAAGAGACCCUCGAUACCUAAACACUGGAAGCUGCUGCCACAGGGAUCUGCUCUGCAGGAGCUCCUCACAGACUGUUGGGACUGUGACCCGGACGCCCGACUGACAUCUCCGUGUGUUGUAGACAGAUUAGCUUCUCUUCAGUCUUGUUACUCUCCAUAA